CUGCUUCCGCGGCGGGGCAGAGGUGUACUUCCGGGGCGGGGAGCCCUUUUCCCCCUCCCCAAGAUGGCGGCGCCCGUGUCUCUGCUGGUGGAGUUCGGAGGUGGUGCAGAACUCUUGUUUGAUGGCAUUAAGAAACAUCAAGUGACUUUGCCGUGUCAGCAAGAGCCUUGGGACAUCAGAAAUCUGCUAAAGUGGAUCAAACAAAAUCUGUUGAAAGAGAGACCAGAAUUAUUUAUUCAAGGGGACACUGUGCGACCAGGAAUUUUGGUGCUCAUCAAUGAUGCAGACUGGGAGCUAAUGGGUGAGCUGGAUUACAAACUCCAGGACCAGGAUAACGUGGUCUUCAUCUCAACAUUACAUGGUGGUUAAAUUCCUGGAAAAUGUGAGGACAUAAAACAAGAACCAGUGGGGCAAAACACCUGAGCUUCUUGAACUGUUCAUGCCUAGCUUCCAAGUCAUGUCAGCUCAUUUACAGCGUGUUCUUAGUCAUGUUAAUAAAACCCAUGCCAGUAUGUGGCCCUGUGUGCACUUAAGUGGCAGCUGCCCUGUGGUUCUCUGGUAAUCUCUCUUGAUGCUGCAAUCCUAAAGGAUGAGAGAGCACCUACAGCCUUUGUUGACUUGAUUUCUCAUUCUCUGAAGGGGAAAAUAUAGUUUCUUGGAGUACACGGGGGAUGAUGCCUCUAUCCUGGAGGCAGAAGCUUAAGGGAAUCAUGGCUAUGCUUCAGGACAAGGCUGUAUAGACCUUGUUUUGACUGCAGUAGCUGCUGCUGCUUGUACUGUUCUUACGUGGUAGAGUGCCUUUUAUACAAACUGUAUCCCAAAAUACUUUGCAGAGUUAGUAGGCAAAGCUGAAAGGGAACAUGAAGUACAGAGAAGCAGGGAGAUGAUUUGGGGUGAAACUUUGCAUGAGGUUGAGAGUUGAUGGAAAUGUACACUGAGUGGGGGGCGGUGGAAGGGGGCUGGUGCUCAUCUCCUUUGCCACUCUUUGCAGAGUGUAUGCGAGUCUGUUUUAAUUCUGUAAUGCACCUGAGAAAAAGGAGUGUAGAGUGCUGCCAAAUGAGAAUGGAAGCCUUUUAUACCUACUUUUCCUCAUGCCUUCUGUGGCUGUUUGCAUCAGUGCUUCAGAAAAUAAUAGGACUCUGCCUGGCAGGUCAGGUGCAGCAGAGCACAUUGCUGCUGAGAUGGGAGGGAAAAGUGCAAGAACUAAAAUGAAUUAUUGGAUAACGAAUUCAGCUUUUAGUGUGUGUGUUUGUGUUGUGGGGAUAGCUUCUAAAGAGCUGGAAACCCAGAGAUUCUGCAGAGUGCCAGCCAUCUGGGCUUUUUAAUCUGAAAAGUAGCAGCUCUUUGCAGCAGGUCUUGAUCAGUCUGUGCAAGUGAAGCAGAGUUGAUACAGUGGAGUUGUAUCAUAUGCGCAUUUAACUUGCGUAAAUUCAACUAUACGUGCUCGGCAAAAAAAAGAGAAAAAUAACUAUUUAAAUAGUGCAGGCGAUUCCGCCCGCCAUUCCACUCAAUGAGUUAAAUGAGUUCCCACCUCUCAUAGUGUGAGCAUCUCGCCGUGCUGAGUGUGAUUCUAGCAUUUAAAGAUACGUAUUUUUUGGGUUUUUUUUUAAGAUAUGUAUUUUACAUAUUUUUUUAAACUAUACACAAUUUUUGCCUUACGCGCUGACUUCAGAACCUAACCCCCAUACAAGAUGCGACUCCACUGUACUCCCUGAAACACAGCGUCUUUCCCUUAACCAUGUGUCUUUUGACCCUUCCCUCGAGAGGGGCGCAGAGACUUCUCCGAGAGAUCAGAUGUUGGUGUGGCCAAAGUGCUAUUGGUGCAGAAGUCUCAGUGUUAAGAUAAAGAUGUCGUUUGGUUUCUAGAACUAUUUCUGAAAAUGCAGACUGACCCAAAUGGCCAGGAAGGCUUUUCUCCCAAAGGCCACGUUUAAAGCACUAGAGGAGUGCAAGAGAGGUGUAAUUCCUGUAUGUAAAACGAAUGAGUGGCACCAACUAGAGUCUGGUAGUGAGCAGACGUUCCCCCAUGCCUGUCCCACUCACGAUCUUUGCUAGCUGUUGCCUGCCAGUACAGCCUCUCUCUAUUCUGGUACUGAUUCUCUGUAUAAUACAAGCGGUGGCCCCUACCCUGCUUGGAGCCCUCCUUAAUUGUUUCAGGAUAGUGGGUUUUCUUGGAGCAGAGGUGACACUGAUUUCAGCCAGCUACUGCAUGUUUCCACCCCCUGUGUCAAUAGAGCUGACCAUUGCUGUUGUUCCUAUCCUGGGUCUCCCUUGAACUGGUUGUGUAGUAGCUGUCACGCUGCAGUGGACCGCUGGCCUGUCAAGAAGGCUAGUCUGAUACAGGCAAUAAGUAGCCAAUACAUGAAUCCUUCCCUGUGCUGCACCUAAUGGAUUAAGCAUUUUGUAUGGUAGGAAAGGAGUAGAGACCAACUCCACUGCUGUGUGACCUGUAGUGCUCAGUUUGUCUGGUUUACCCUGAAGAACUAAAAAUCCUAUUGAAUGGUGAUGAUUAGCUUGUUAAUGUUCCUAAAGUGCUUUGAAGAUGAAAAACAUGAAGUGUUGCUGGUAAUAAAAUUAAUAUUGGGCCUCUUUGAAAUCCAGCUGCAGUAGCUGAGCCUGGCUGCUGCAGCUGCGAAUUAUACAAGCCAAAGGCUCUUAUUUGUUCUCAAUUUACCUGCUAUUAACUUUACUGAGUAACUCCCUUGCAGACAAAAAGCAUAAAAAGGCUUGCAGAUAAAUCUGAGGACUAGCUGGAGAAUAGCAAACUCCUAUUGUGCAUGACUUAAAACAGACUUAAAAUGAGGAAGGAAGAUGUGCAUUGAUCUUCAGAGCCCCUUUCUGCCCUGAUGUUCCUUGUCUUAAACUGUAUUUGUGCCUUAGGCUGGUCUUGUCUGUGUUUUGUUUUUAUUUUUAUUUUUAUUUUUCCCCCUGCUGUUUGCUCAGGGUAGGCUGAGUUUCUUUAUUGGGAAGCCUUAUUUCCCUUAAGGGUGCAGACAGGCCCAGACGGAUUAGGUUCUGCUGUAGUAAAAGCUGCCAAUCAUGGUGAGCAAAGCUAGAAAUAUCAAAGUGAGGGAAACUGGGCAUCAAGAGGGAAAUGCAGCAAAUUCCUGUACUAGCAGAAGUUUCUGAAAUAAAAGGCUUUUUGAACAUG